CUCCCUCUCCAUACCUCCGUUUGCGUUUUUACAUGUGAGUGUACCGCAUCUGUAACGGCUCAGCUGUCUUUUGCUUGGAUACGGCGAGAAGAGGAGCGGAAGCACCGGACGCGUGAUGGUUUGUCUGGAUUAGCGCGGGAAGCGCGCGACUGGGAUAAGAUCGCGCUCACACACUUCGUCGACUCAGGAUCAACGACAACAUCUCCGGCCCACUCUGACCAGCCUCUCUCUCUCUCUCUCUCUCUCUCUCUCUCUCUCUCUCUCUCUCUCUCUCUCUCUCUCUCUCUCUCUCUCUCUCUCUCUCUCUCUCUCACAUACACACACACACACACUCAUGGACGAGUGGAUGUUGUGUCCUUAGGCUGCACGUGAGGUGUGAGCGUGUUAGCCAUGGACCUGAAGGAGGGCUGUGGAAGCGAGGCCAGUCGUGAGACCGAGAGCGGAGGCAUGGGGAGCCUGGGAGGCCCCUCGUCUUGGCAGUCCUUUGCCCACCGAAGCACCCUGCAUGGUUUGCGCUUCAUCUUCCCCUACUCUUCCUCCCCUUACCGCUCCACUUCGCGCCGUCUGCUCUGGAGCUUGGCCUUGCUGGCCAGCCUAGUCCUACUGGCUCUGGAGAGUACCGAACGGCUGGCCUAUUUCCUCUCCUACCCCCACGUCACCAGCGUGGAUGCUGUGGUUUCUGGCAGCCUUGUCUUCCCCACCGUCACCGUCUGUAAUUUGAACGCCUACCGUUUCUCGCACCUCACGCAGAAUGACCUCUACCACGCCGGGGAACUAUUGUCCCUGCUGGAUGUGCACCUGCAGAUCCCCGAGCCGCACCUGGCCGAGCCCCAUGUGCUGGCCUUUCUCACGGAGAAAUCCAACUUCACUAACUACCGGCCAAAGCCCUUUAGCAUGCGGGAGUUCAGUGAACGAGUGGGACACGACCUGAAGGAGAUGAUGCUCUACUGCCGUUUCCAGGGCCAGGAGUGCAGCCACCAGGACUUCAAAACGGUGAGUGUCUGCAAGAUGUUUCUUUCACAAGGUAUUUCUUUAAGGGCUCAAUAG